AUGGACUGCCGUUUUCCUGCCUGGCAGGUUGGCGCAUUUCCUGAGGUGCAGCAAGCCCUGGAAGCGCUCAACUCUCAAGGGGCCGCUGCCAUCACUGCCGACACAGCCCUUGCCCUUCGUCAAAAAGCGCUCACCGCUUCCCUGGAUACUGCCAACUGGGAACGUCAACUCGCUUCAGCCACGCUGACUGAACGGGCAUUGUUGCGUUCGGAGGCCGAGCCAGGGGCUAGAGCCUUCCUCGCAGCCGUGCCGGGCAGCGGCCGAUGCAUGGAGCCAGCAGCCUUUGUCGCCGAACUGCGCCAAAGGCUACACAUGCCAGACGCACCAGCUGACGUGUGGUGCCCGCGCUGUGAUGGCAUUCUGGACACACAUUCACACCAUGCUGGUUUGUGUGCUGCCGGCGGCGAGCGAACUCUCCGGCACAACGCCCUUAGAGACAUCUUGGCUUCCUGGGCUGGCAGGGCUGGCAUGCAACCAGAGAAGGAGAAACCGGGGUUGCUUCUCCCUCAGCGACCCGACGACUCCAGCAACUCCAGGCGUAGGCCGGCUGACAUCUUCUUGCCAUCUUACCUCGGCACUCCUGCUGCACUUGACUUGGCCGUGACCGGCCCGCAGCGGCAAGGAGUUGUUGGGGAGGCGGCCCAGAAGAGCUUGGCAGCUGCCACGGCUUACGCCGACCUCAAGAAGGCACACCUUGACACAGCCCAACUGUGCCAGGCGCAAGGAGUCCGUUUCCUGCCCUUGGUCGCCGAAACCACUGGCGCAUGGGAGCCGGAAGCGGGCAAGCUGAUCGCGCAAGUUGUUUGUGCGACGGCUGUUCGAGAAGGGGCCAAUCUGGCUGCUCUGCACGCUGAGCUCCUGCAAGAGCUGUGUGUGGCAGCUCGCAGCGCCCGAGCUCGGGCUGCCCUCAGACGCCGUGCUGAGGUUGCUGAAGAGGGGGCGCCUUCGGCAGCCAGUGCGGCUGCAACCCUUCUGGUCGCUGGCAGUUGA